AGUACGCGGAACAGUUAACGUCAAAGGACCAUUGAUCGAAAUCGCUAUCUUCCAACUCCGUCUUUCAGUUACACUACACUUUGAGCUUUUUGAGAAUCAACUAUGGAUCUUAACUCAAUGAAUGCACGGUUCAAGAAAAUCGCCGGUGGGGCUUCCACCGUUUUUAACAGAGCUGUCCAGUUCACGGAGGAAAAACUUGGCACCGCAGAAAAGACAGAGUUGGAUGCUCACUUUGAAAACUUAAUGCAAAGAUCAGACAAGACCAAAUUAUGGACAGAGCAACUUUUACGGCAGACAGAUGCACUUCUUCAGCCAAAUCCAAACCAAAGAAUGGAAGACCUGCUGUAUGAGAAACUUGACAAAAAGAAGAAAGACCGCAUCACCCAGUACGAGAUUCUGGGCAACGCCAUGGUGGAAGCUGGCAAUGAGUUUGGACCAGGCACUCCUUAUGGCAAUGCUCUGGUCAAAUGUGGUCAGGCUCAGAUCCAGAUCGGGAACGCCGAGCGAGACUUUGUGACCAGCACAGCCAACAACUUCCUGCAGCCGUUGUCCAAUUUCCUGGAGGGAGACAUGAAGACCAUUCUGAAAGAGAAAAAGAUUCUGGAAACCAAACGUUUGGAUUUGGAUGCGUGCAAGAGUCGCCUAAGGAAGGCAAAAUCUGCCACUUCACAGAGUCAGGAGGGAGACGGAGUCACCAAGGACGAUGUGGCCAAAGCCCACCAUCUGCGCUGUCUGAACGACUUCAUCGAGGCUCAGAUGACCUACUUUGCUCAGUGCCAGCAGUACAUGUCGGAUCUGCAGCGCCAGUUGGGAAGCUACACGCCGGCCUCUGCUCCCCCCUCCUACACCAAGGACGCAGGCAGUGUGUCCUCCAGCCUGAAGGCCCCCCUCCACCCCAGCGCACCGCCGUCCAUAGAGGUGACCGCCCCCACGCCAACAGAGAAACGACAGGCCAAGGCGCUCUAUGACUAUGACGCCGCGGACAGCUCAGAGCUGUCCUUGUUGGCGGACGAGCUAAUCAUGGUGUACAAAGUGCAAGGCCUGGAGCCCGACUGGCUGAUGGCGGAGCGAGGCUCACAGAGGGGGAAGGUGCCUGUCACUUAUCUCAAGGUCUUGGAAUGAGGACGGAGCUGCCGAUUACAGCGGGGGGGAUGCUUCUUGGGAGUCGGGGCUUUUUUGUUUCGUUGUUU